CGAGGUUCUCCUUCCGCCGUCUGGGUGCGCUGAGACCUGUCAUAUCGCUGGGAGGAAAAUGUCCUGUGGGCUGUGGAAAGAGACCCUGACUGUAGCGGAGGACUACCUGUCUCUACGCUGCCCAUGCCCAGCUCCUCCACCUCCCAGCGGGUCCGCUGCCGCCGCCAUGAGGCACCUGGGCCAGGCCAUGGAAACCCAGCACAAGGCCCGCUUCCACUCCUUGGCCCAGAACUUCCUGAGGCAUUGCGGGCCGGACCUGUCCUCCAGCCUCAGGAAGGUGAUGGACGAGAUGGCAGGAGAUGGACACUUUAACUGGGGGAGGGUGGUUUCCCUCUUCACCUUCACAGGGGUGCUGGUCAGACUGCUGCAGGAGCAGCGGAGCUCAAAGCCAGGGCUGGACCCUGGUCAGCAGCAGGAACUAGAACCAGUAAUUUGUCGGACGCUGGCUGAAACCAUAGCUGAUUACCUGGAAGAGCACAAGGACUGGUUGCUGGAGAAUAAUGGAUGGGAAGGAUUCUGUCAGUACUCCCGCAGUGCCAGUGAGGUGAGUCAGGACUCGUCCAUGAAAACUGCGCUGGUUGCUGUCGCUGGAGUUGGUCUCGCCGGACUCACCUUCCUCCUGGUGCGCUAGUCCACACGUCCUCAGUCAAGUUCUCAUCCAGGCAGAAUAAGUAAAAGCUUGAAUUUUAUGUUUAUGCUGCAAAAACAAAAGUUGCAAAUUCUGUAGAAUUUUGUUUUCUGGGUUUUGAUUUCACGUUAUCCCAACGUGUGCACAUUUUCAGACUCUCUACAAGCAUAAAUACUGACACUCUGCGUGGUCCUAAAGAUUGUACAAUUGAUUUUAUUGCCUUGAGAAAAUUUGUGAACGACGUGAGUUUGCAUUUCUUUGGUUAAUCAGUGAAGCUCAAAGCUCUUUCAUUUCUCCUCCUUUGUUCCAGCUGUGCAGCUACAACACUUUAUUUGAACAUUGUGACAGAUCUAGGUGUAGAUUUGAACAUCAGCUGCCUUUUUUUCCACGUGUAACUGAUAAAGUACAUUCUCAUGUAAAAUGUGUAAAUUAAUAUAUUAUAUUUGAUGAAAACUAAAGCAGCGGCCUGGCCUGAGCUCCAAGUUUCUCCUGUUUUUUUUUGUGAAACGUUAGAGUUUUGAGGUCAGCAGAUCUGUGGAGAUGAUGACCACACAAAGGUGCUAUGACAUGUUUCAAUUCACCAAACCAGGGACCAAUCUGAUCAUUAAAAAUCUCAUUUCUAUUGUACUCCCC